AAAUGCGUGCAUGGCAUCAGAACGAACGCGCUUGGUGCACGACUGGUAUAUAAACCACACGCCAGUUUAGACCAAAACACUCUCAAACCGAGGAGCAAACAAGACAGAGAUUCAGCUCUUCUAGUAUCAUCUAAAACUCGAGAAAAAUGUUCAGCUACAAGUUGCUGCUGGUUUGCCUUAUGGUCGUUCAUUGCGUCCUAAGCUUGCCCGUCGGAGAUGAAUUGGUUGGUGGUGAAAACAGUGCCGAAGACCAGGAUGUUGAUGACCUUUUGACUGCCGAACAUCACAGAGGAGGAUACGGCGGCUAUUACAGACCAAGCUACGGAUACGGCGGUUAUGGCGGCUACGGAGGCUACGGAGGUUACGGAGGUUACGGAGGUUACGGUGGAUAUGGUGGACACGGACAUGGACAUCACCACCAUCACCAUGGUUACUACGGCAAGUAAACGUGACACCUAACAUUUCUUCGCAAACAGCCCUGAUCCACAAGUUGUUACCUUCCAUUGACUGCAGAUCGCCAGUUCUCCAUUUCUUAUUUGUUAUUCCGUUGUUAUCUAUUCGUUAUCUUCUUUUAAGGAGCAUGCUUAAAUCGGCAAUAAACCUUAUGACAUUUGGCUCUCAAA